AAAGUUAAUCAAAUAAUGGAAAGGGCCCAUACACAACAAAAUGCAUCUAAAAUUAAUAAACUAAAAGAGAGGGAAGAGCAGUUCUCAAAAGCCUCUGCUUUAAUCAACAGAUUGACAGGAUUAGUACAAAUUACAUCACAACAAAUUGACUCUAAAGCUGUGGAAUUGCGGUGCCUCUGCAAUGGAUAUCUACCAUCAAAUAAUGAUUUUCCAUUUAAAAAUUAUUUUUAUCAGAUAAGAAAUCUUAGCUUAGAGCAGAUUUUUGAAGCAAUUCUUGACUUUCAAGCUAGAUUGGAUUGUAUGAAAAAUUUAAAUUCAGAGGCAAUUGCGGAUUAUCAACGCCGCCAAGCCGAGGUUGAGGAAUUAAGGAAAACCAUUGAAGCCAAAUCAACCCAAGAAAAAAAUUUAGAUGCUGUAAUGAGUACUUUAUUCAACCAAUGGGAACCACAACUCAUAAAAUUGAUUGAGACAAUAAACAACAAGUUCAGUGAGUUUAUGGACUCUUUGUCGUAUGUUGGAGAAGUGGUGUUAUCGAGAAAGGAUAAGAGUGAUUUUGAUUCUUAUGGAAUUCAAAUAAUGGUCAAGUAUAGAAAGGACGCAAAAUUACAAACUCUGGACAAAUAUAUACAAUCUGGUGGAGAACGUGCAGUGGCCAUCGCCAUAUAUUCAUUGUCAUUGCAGCAUAUUACACAAGUACCAUUCAGAUGCGUUGAUGAGAUUAAUCAAGGUAUGGACGCUAAAAACGAGCGUCAUAUUUUUAACUUACUUUCAAAGGAGGCUACCAAGGAUGGGUCCGCACAAUAUCUUUUCGUUACCCCGAAGUUACUACUUGAUUUGAACUACAAUGAACGAAUUUGCGUGUCAGUUGUUCAUAAUUCUGGAUCUAUUAAAUCUGAUGUUAUAUUUCCAUUAAGCUAGUUUCUUUAGUUAUACAUUUGUUCCGUAAGAUUUAUUUUUAUUUUUGCUCAUCUA